GAGGAGGGCGCUAGCUUCGCUCAGUCUCGCGCCGACCGCUGUACAGGUUGGAUGUUACUCGUUCGAUACGAUGCGAUCGGAAAAUAAACUAGUGUAGCUGCGAAAAGACCGGCUAUACGUUGUGUUGUGGACAAAAACUAUCGUGAACGUGUAUUUUAUAUCGAUAAACUGUUCUGUUUGAUCGGAGGCUGUUGACUUGUGUAGAAACAAGAUUAGUUUGGUUUUACGUGAACUUUCCGUGCGGAUAACAAAAUUGAAAGGUAAACUUCAAAGCAAUUAACGGCCGAGCUCAGAUAUUGUUGACCGAUGAGGAGACCGGGCCGCUGACAAUGAAUUAGAUAUCGCCACAAACGAUAUCGAAACGUAAGUCUUCAAUUACGUACACAGUAAGUUGAGCCGAAGUCCAAGAAACCUAAUUAUGAACAAUGUCCAAAUGGCCGAGGGAUGCCGGUUUCCUGAAGAUGGCCUCACGCACCCCGUCUCUUGAGUCGCUGCCCGGUGCCAACUCUAUAGGUUCGCUGGAGCGAGGCUCCAUAUCACCACUCACACUCAGCGGCUCCUCGCCUCCUGCGAGCGACUCCGCCGUAUGUGACCUACGAGAAUUCGACGGUCUCGACACAGUCUGCGCACUCUGCCGUGAAACGUUCAGCGACCCUAAAGUGCUCAACUGCUUUCACACCUUCUGCCGAGGUUGCUUGGAGAGAGAACAGACACACCCUGACAAAGUCACCUGCGUGACUUGCCGAGUUGACAGUCAGCUGCCCGCAGCUGGUAUUCCCGGACUACUGACUAACCUAGUUAUCGCUGCUGCAGUCGAACAAGACGCUGAUUUAUUGGCACCUUCCCGCCAAACAAACUCGCCCUCGGCUAGGUGCACCGGCUGUAAAUCAAAGGAAUCAGACGCAGUAGCGCGCUGCGUUGAUUGUGCGAAUUUCUUGUGUCCCAACUGCGUCAUGGCGCACCAAUUCAUGCAUUGCUUCGAGGGGCAUAGAGUGCUGACUUUCACGGAGCUGAAAGACGACAAGGGUAUGCUAGGAUCUACGAUUACAACGAGCGGAGAAAAAACCGCGUUCUGUCCGAGGCACAAAAAUGAUAUUUUAAAAUAUUACUGCCGCACAUGUUCUGUGCCAGUAUGCAAGGAAUGUACGAUAAUUGAACACCCAGCGGCCUUGCACGACUAUGAACACCUUUCUGAUGUUGGACCGAAACAACUAGAAUUGAUGCAACAGACGGUCGCUGAAGCCAAGACUCGUGCUACCGAAAUCAGGCACGUCGUGAAAACUGUGGAACACGCCGCGGGAAAACUACAAGUACAGUAUCACAAAGCUCAAAAUGAAAUAAACGAUACCUUCCAAUUCUACCGCUCCAUGCUGGAAGAGCGCAAACAGGAAUUACUUAAAGAACUUGAGAGCGUAUUUUCUGCAAAACAAAUAGCUCUAUCUGUAGUUGGACAAAAAGCUCAAGAAUCUGUAGACAAAAUUUACCAAACCUGCGAUUUUGUGGAAAGACUAACCAAAUGUGCAAAUAUUGCCGAAAUAUUAAUGUUUAAGAAACUUCUAGACACAAAAUUACAAUCACUAAUGAAUACGAACCCCGAGCAAAGCGUACAGACUGCGUGUGAACUUGAAUUCGUUUCGAAUUAUCAGGCAAUUCAAGUUGGUGUGCGAAACACAUUUGGUUAUGUACGUUCAAGCUCUGAGGCAAACGUGGGCCCAACUAAACAACCGCCCAUUGCCAGGCCAACAAAUGGAUCGCUUUUAAACGGUGGUUCGUCCUCUAGCAGCAGUAGUGUCAAUGGUAGCUCGGGAAGCUUGAAUGGUGGCAUACAUUUACCUACUGGACUCAAUAGUGUUCUUGAUCGUCCAUAUACGAAUGGUUUACUCGGGCAUGCAAGCCAAUCGACCUCACCUUUUGAUUCAAAUAUAAUUUCAAAAAGGUUCAAUAGUCCGAGUACACUGGGACCCUUCUCUACUGCGAUUGGAGACAUGAACCUAAACGGAAUAAAUUCCUACGAAAAAUGGUCCAAUGGUGGAUGCGAUUCGCUAUUCCCUACAGCUGCUGCCGAUCCAUAUGCUAUGACAACAGCAGCACACACUGAUCCUAUUCUUGACUUGACCAAUAAAUUAAUUUCAACUGCCAUUUUCCCACCGAAGUCUCAGAUCAAACGUCAAAAAAUGAUUUAUCAUUGCAAAUUCGGCGAAUUCGGCGUCAUGGAAGGACAAUUCACAGAACCGAGCGGAGUUGCCGUAAACGCUCAAAACGAUAUCAUUGUUGCUGACACCAACAACCAUAGAAUACAAAUAUUCGACAAAGAAGGACGCUUCAAAUUUCAAUUUGGUGAAUGUGGCAAACGAGACGGACAGCUUUUGUACCCAAAUAGAGUUGCCGUUGUACGCACUUCCGGAGAUAUCAUUGUCACUGAAAGAUCUCCUACACACCAAAUUCAAAUCUAUAAUCAAUACGGUCAAUUCGUUAGGAAAUUCGGCGCCAAUAUUCUGCAGCAUCCUCGUGGCGUCACCGUGGAUAAUAAAGGCCGUAUAGUAGUCGUCGAAUGCAAAGUUAUGAGAGUCAUUAUUUUCGAUCAAGUUGGCAACGUUUUACAAAAAUUCGGUUGUUCCAAACACCUCGAAUUCCCGAAUGGCGUUGUCGUCAAUGACAAACAAGAAAUAUUUAUUAGCGACAAUCGAGCACACUGCGUGAAAGUAUUUAAUUACGAAGGCAUUUAUCUACGCCAAAUUGGCGGCGAAGGAGUCACCAACUAUCCCAUCGGCGUUGGUAUCAACGCGGCCGGUGAAAUUCUAAUCGCUGACAAUCAUAACAACUUUAACCUUACGAUAUUCACUCAGGAUGGUCAAUUGGUGUCAGCUCUAGAAAGUAAAGUAAAACAUGCGCAAUGUUUCGAUGUUGCACUGAUGGACGACGGCUCCGUAGUACUGGCCAGCAAAGACUACCGGCUCUACAUCUAUCGCUACGUGCAGGUUCCGCCUAUAGGCAUGUGAGCCGCCCGCCAGGACUAUAGAAGAUCGGAAUGACCGACAAAGUAUAAGCCCAAAAUUAACUCUUUCAAGAAGUAGUUCAGUUGUGGUGUAAAACGUUUAGUUACGAGUACGUCAAUUUAAAAAAGUGAAGUGACGACACACGUGGAUUGCGAACUAAACUUCCUAAAUUUUGUAUGUGCGAGUGAUAAGUGCGGCUGUCUCGAUGUGGUUAAUUUAUGUAUGAAAAUUCUAUACACAUACGGCGUGAGAUCUCUAAAUUAAUAAUUUCCAAUCGAAACUGUAAUGAGAUUAGUUGUAGUAUUGACAUUGUUAUAUGAAUAACUAUUUAAAGCAUAGAGAUUAUUCCCUCGGUUCGAUCCAGUAAAGCGAAAGGUUCUCGAUCCUUCUCAUUUUUUUAACUAUUGAAUAAUAUUUUUUCAUAUCCCGCGUCGUUAAAUUAGGGAUGAAUAUUAAGGGCGUUUGUAUUAUUUAGCCCAUUUGUUGGACCAAUAUUUUAACUAUUAUUACUUAAAAUUGUUAGGCGUUAAGCGUGUGAUUUUAUCGUAAUAAGAGAGCAUCGAGCGGUAUUGUUGUUAGUUUUAAGAUAUUCUUCGGCACAAUGGCACUUCCUGUUUUUAAUUAGCACUUAUUCUGUGUCGAUGAAACCAUGAUUAUGAAAGUAAGUAAGAAGUUGUUACAUUAUUAUUAGGUAAGUGUUAAAUUGAUUGAGCUGAUAUGGACAAUCCUAAGUUACUACUCCUUUAAAUGUAGAUACAAAAUUUUAGGAAAAUGUGAUGUUAGGGGUUUUAUCAAUGACAAAGUUGACUGCGGCGUUUUUAGACACCUUCAGUGACAGGUCCUUUAUGUAAUAAUAAACGAAAGGUCUGUUGUUAUAAUAAAACCAAAUAAAAUAAAUUACGGCAUCACAAGGAGACGAGUGAUCAAAAAUGUUUUAUAGACCUCAGUCAGUUACGUAAGAAUUUUCCGUUAGGUCUUUUGACUAAAGUAAACUUUGAGUAUUAUAAAGCAUUUUAGACUUACUAAUAGCGAUGGUUGUAUUUUUUAUUUCGUAUCCUCCUAAUCGGAUAGUUGUUGAAAUAUUUUCCUUUCAUCUCGACGUCAUUACCGCCUAGUCACUGAGAGCCCACGGAUCCAUAAAUUCCUCAAUUUCGUUGUUUCUUUUUACAAUUAGUAUCAUUUUGGUUUAUAAUAAUGUUAUUCGUUUUUUAUACAACUAAGUAGGUAUUUGAAUAUUUUUAAUAAUAAUUGGACACGUAGUAACUAGUAGAGCACUUUAGGAAAUGGUCGUCUCGCUAGCGUUUUUAUGAUUUUUUUAUUUGAGAUUUUAGCUGAUGUAGAGCGACGUGCGAACGCGCGGAUAUGUUUGGUCGCUUACUGGAGUAUUAAAGCUUCGCUCUGUAUACAAAAUAAUUAUACAAUUUGUUAUUCUGGUAAGAUAUUUUUGUACGGAACAGUUUUAUUUUGUAGCAGUAGUAUUAUACGGUGCAUGUGUAACGUUUACUUUAUUUUUAUAUGCUACUAUUUUUUUACAUUACCCGUGUGUUUGAGUGUAUUAGCAGAAUUAUUUUAGUUAGACUCAUUAGUUUUGAUUUUAGUAGUAAUAGCGUUUUUAGAUUUUUUUGGAAUCUACGACAACUACGAGAUCUGAUUAGCCCCUCGGCGAGGGGCCGACGAUCUUCUCUUAAUUUUGAUCUGGAUAAGUUUAUGCUUUAAGUUACGCUACAUUAUGGUGAUAUUCCUGUUUAUAAAUGUUUAUUUUUAUUUUAUUACACAUUGAAAACGCGUCGAAAGAUGAUCGCAGCUAUUCGCACUGUUCCUUCCCUACAGUACCAGCGUAACGAGUGCCAUAAGACCAUGUUGUGAUUUAAUAAGUGAUAUUUAGUAUUGUAAAUAUGUACCAUAUUUUGAUGAAGUAAUAAAUUAAUUUCACUUUCGAUUCUGUUGGGAAAUAGAAAGUGAUCCGUUAUAUUACUCUGUUUUUGUUGUACUCAGCUUCUAGUUUAUAAUGAAUAAUCGAUAAUCUUACCUUUUUACGUCCACUGACCUUUAAGAAAGACUGUAACAGUUCUUGAAUUACGCUUAUAUACGUUUCUAAUUUUGUUGUCGUCAGUGCCUAUAGCGUGCCCACCAUCUCGACGCGUCUUCGAUCAUGCAUUACAUUUACCAUUAGAUUAGGUGAAGUAGAAUAUAUUCUUCCAAGUACUAAUUCAAAUUUCAGUGAUGAAUCACCAAUGAAUUUAUAUUAUAGACUGCUCUGUUCCUAGUAAAUUUACUUUAGAUCGGCUGAAGAAUUGUAUUUCACUUAAUCUACUGAGAUAAAAUUAUUUUUGUCGAAUUGCAUACACUUUUCAAAAUCAAAAUUAUUCUGUCGUACCUUAGGUUUAUUUGAGCGAAUUAUUUUUUUUGAUAUUUGCAACGUGGUGAUGGUAUUUCUUGAAUAAUUCGCUUUAAUGAUCUAAAGUAUGCGCGACCGUAGGAAAUCACAGUCAUCUAACAAAGUUAUCUCAGAGGUCGAUUAUUAAAAAGAAGGCUUGCAAAUAAAACUUACCACUUAUUAUCAGUAACGAUAUGAAAUA